CGUUAUUGGUGACCGGUUUCCCACCCGAGAAAUCGAGCCCAGACUACCUUUUAUUCCCAUUUUGUAUUCCCCCUCUUUUGUCCCGAUCGCGGCCCGCAUUUCGUCCUCCCCCAGACCUCGAGCGCCCGCGUCCGGGGGCUCCGGCGAUCGAAGAUGAGCGGCGGCCGGCUCUGCGCCGUCCUGGGGGAGCUGGGGUUCGACGCCCAGGACGCGCUCGAUCCGGACAGCUUCGAGUGGCCCUUCCAGUACGAGGAAGUCCGUUCCCUUCUCGAUUGGAUCUGCUCCAGCCUUCGGCCUUCCAAUGUCCUCUCCCCCUCCGAACUCUCACAGUAUGAACAAUUUCUGCAUGAAGGAAAGCUGCUGGAGGGGGAGGAUUUGGAUUCUGCUUUUGAUAGCAUUUCAGCCUUUUCAAGUAAGAAAGAUAAUCAGGAAGCAGUGUUUGGAGCUGAAGAAAGGCUCAUAGAUAUCAGGGAGGCAAAACUGGCUUACAAAGCAGAAGUUCUAGAAUUGCAAAAGCAGCUUGAGCGUCAACAGUCUCUAUUUGAUAUGCUAGCAGGUCAAGCUUCAGCUCUUAUCCAGGGAAGAAGGGCUAGAGUAUCUGCAACAUCUGUUGUCAAUGCACAACUUAUUACAUUAGAUGAGAACCUUUCAGCCAGGAACUUAGAGAUGAAUUCUGUUCUAGGGAAAAUUGCCUCAACAGCUCAGGAAUUGGCUCAUUAUCAUUCAGGAGAUGAGGACAGGAUCUACUUAGCUUACUGUGACUUCCAUCCUUACUUGAUUGAAGAUCUGGCCUGUACAAAAGAAUUAAACCAGUGGUUCUCAAAACAGUUUGAUAGGGGACCAUUGCGACUUGUUGCUGAGGAGGGUAAAUCUAAGUGUUCAUGGGUGAGUCUUGAUGACCUAACUAAUUGCUUAAUCCGAGGAGAUAAUGAGAAACAUAAUCAUCAUCAUAAUCGUGUAGCUGAGCUCCAAAGGCUUCGUUCCAUAUUUGCUACAAGCGAAAGACAGUGGGUGGAAGCUCAAGUUGAGAAUGCUAAGCAGCAGGCUAUUCUUUCAAUGCUGAAGGCUCAAAUAUCUUCUGAUGAAGCUCACAUUCAUCGGGAUAUAUAUUCUCUUAGGAAAAAACAUUCUGAGUUGGCCGGGGAACUUUCAACUCUCUCCCAUAAAGAGCAGAAAUUUUUGUCUGAGACUAUUCCACGUCUUUGCUCAGAUCUUGCUCAACUCCAAGACACCUAUAUUUUGCAAGGCGAUUACGACUUGAAGGUUAUGCGGCAGGAGUACUACAUUAAUCGGCAGAAAAUGUAUAUUAGUCAUCUAGUUAAUCAACUUGCCAGACAUCAAUUUUUGAAAAUAGCUUGUCAACUGGAGCGAAAGACGAUACUUGGGGCUUAUUCAUUGCUUAAAGUGAUUGAGUCAGAGUUGGAAGGCUAUCUAUCAGCAGGCAAUGGUCGCGUGGGUCAUUGUCUCUCCCUUAUUCAAGCUGCAUCAGAAGUACAUGAACAAGGGGCAGUUGAUGACCGUGAUACAUUUCUGCAUAGUGUCCGGGAUCUUCUAAGCAUCCAUUCGAAUUCUCAAUCAGCAUUACCGACAUAUGUAUCAGCACAUGGUAUAGUUCAGCAGAUAUCAGGAUUGCAGUCGGACUUGCUGUCUCUUCAGUUUGAACUCGAAAACUCUCUUCCAGAAGACCGAAGAAGAUGUAUCAAUGAACUAUGCACCCUUAUUCAGACCCUGGAGCAGUUAUUGUUCUCGUCGUCAACGACAGCAGAACCAUUGUUAACACCUAGGCCUCUGAUGCAAGCACUUGAUGAUAUGGAAAAGGUUAAUUCUCAAGUAUCUGCUUUUGUUGAAGAAGUGACAGAGGCUCAUCGUCAGAAGGCUGAGAUUGUCAAACAUCAUCCACAUGAGGUGGGACGGGAGAGGCAGGUAUUUGUUGACUUCUUCUGCAACCCAGAUCGUCUCAGGAAUCAAGUCAGAGAGCUCAGUUCUCGUGUCAAGGCUCUCCAAGAGUGAGAAGUCCACUCAUGGCAUCUACAAUUUCAACAUUUCUUGUGUUGGCCUUUGUGAAUGCAGAAAAUAGUCAAGGGCAGUUUCUCCGAGAAAGAUAAUGGUCCCUGUUUCCUGUUUACCAAGGGAAUUUCCAAUCCACCAAUAUCUUGGAAGUCCUUUUCUGAUGAAGUUUGUGAUUUAUAGGAAGAGGAAGUUGCUGCAUGUAGUGUGAGAGUCAGCCUCUCAAUUCCCAGUGGUUUUUGUUGGUUAAUGUUCCAUGGGUGCCAGUUGGUGAUCUUAUGUAACCUGUAACCUUUGAGUAGCAUAUACCAAUAUGGGAUUUCAUUGUUGCUUGUUAGCUAGCAGUAUAUUGUUCCCCCGACACACCCCUCCACCCCCCAACACACUUCAUCCAAGAUUAAGAUGGUGUAAGAUGUAUCGAAGUUAUGGACUUUGUUAUUCCUUCAUUUUAAAUUGUUUUUCCUCCUGAAUGGUCAAGUAGUAGAAUA